UAGGAUCAUCCUCCAUUGAUCACCUUUGCCAACUAUAUAUAUGCUUCCAAAAUUGUUAUCAGCAUUACGACCUGCUUCCUCUUUAAAUCCUUCUCGGUUUCUCAUCAGAACUCCCAUCAGAACUUGCAGAAAACCCCAGUUUCCGGCUAUAUUAUCAGUUCCGGCCACUACUUCGUUUGUAAGAAUGGCUUCUAGUGAGCAGAAAUUUCCUCCUCAGAAACAAGCAACACAGCCUGGUAAAGAGCAUGAAAUGGACCCUAUCCCUCAGUAUGCCAGGUCCGAUUACAAGCCCUCCGACAAGCUUCGGGGAAAGGUGGCGCUGGUGACCGGAGGUGAUUCCGGCAUUGGAAGAGCAGUCUGCCACAGUUUCGCACUCGAGGGCGCGACUGUAGCGUUCACCUACGUAAAGAAACAGGAAGACAAGGACGCAGAUGAUACUCUUCAACUGCUGAAGAAAAGCAAGACCGGUGAUGCUAAAGAACCCAUUGCGAUACCAACUGAUUUAGGAUUCGAUGAGAAUUGCAAGAAAGUAGUUGACGAAGUGGUCGGAGCAUUCGGCCGGAUCGACAUUCUCGUCAACAAUGCAGCUGAGCAACAUAAGGCCGGAUCUAUCGAGGACAUAGACGAUGAACGCCUCGAAAGAGUGUUCAGAACUAACAUUUUCUCGCAGUUCUUCGUAACCAGGCAUGCUCUGAAGCAUAUGAAAGAGGGUGGUUCUAUAAUCAACACGACAUCAAUCAAUGCGUACAAAGGAAAUGCGAAGCUGCUUGAUUAUACCGCAACAAAAGGAGCAAUCGUGGCGUUUACUAGAGGGCUUGCUCUGCAGCUAGUGAACAGAGGAAUCCGGGUCAACGGUGUUGCUCCGGGGCCUAUCUGGACUCCAUUGAUACCGGCCUCGUUUGACGAAGAGGAAGUGGCUGAAUUUGGAAAACAGGUGCCCAUGCAAAGAGCUGGCCAGCCGAUCGAGGUUGCGCCGUCUUAUGUUUUUCUUGCUUGUAACCACUGCUCGUCUUACAUCACCGGCCAAGUUCUUCACCCUAAUGGUGGCGCCAUUGUGAAUGCUUGAUGGCAUUUGCAGUAAAGGAAAUGGUCUUUUUGGCUGUUUUGAAGAUGGGAGUAAAUAAAUAAGUCACUGUAUAUGAAGCUGAUCAUCGUCUGUCUAUAGCUUGUGUUGUUCUGUUAUAUGUAGUAGUUGUAUGCUGUGAUCAGACCAGAGUUUGUGUUUAAUGUAAUGUUUUAUAAGUGAUUAUAUGUGAAUAUAAAAAAUAUCAUGAUAUUUUCUGAGCAGAAAUGGAACUUUAAUCC